AAUGCACGUUCGUAUUACCGUUGGUUCGAGGACAUUUUGACUCGGCUAAACGGCAUUCAUUUCGAUCAUGUUAAAGCUCACACUCAGGCCGUGGACAUGCCCUCAGUCUUAAACCGCGCUGCUGAUCAUGCUGCUUCUCUCGCACACUCUCGUCCUUCAAUCGUUCCGUUGGCUCCAUUGCCGACUUUCACCAUGGAUGCCUUUUCUCUUUGGCGUCCUUUCCUGGGUUUCAUCGAGAAUAAUGUGUUAUCCUUUGCAUCUUCUCAGUGGUCUGAGAAGUCAGCGAGGCACUUAUUCUGGACUUCACACCAGCGAAUGCCUGGUUUUCAGGCAAUGACGAGCCCUUCUUUCCCAUAUGAACGAACGAGUGCGGGUUUUUCAGCAUGUGUUCAACUGUAUGCCCGUUCGGGGCAGCUUCCAACUCGCGCUCUUCUGCAUGCAAGAGGGUUGGUUGCAUCAGCGCAGUGUAGAUUGGGUUGCAUUUCCGCAGAGUCCAUGCACCAUUUGUUUUCCGAAUGCCCAGUGUUCCGAAGUUUUCGCAUAUCCGCAGUGUCAGGGCUCUGUUCUAGA